AUGGCUGUGAACUAUGCAGAGAACAACGUCAUUCCUGUCAUGGUGGCGUGCUUGCAGUUGCUGCUCCGCGGUUAUGAGAUCGAGGGAGGGGCGCCUACAACUCCCGAGGUGGAGGUGGCAUUUGAGCUAUUCGGGGACGACCGACUGCCAGUGGAUGGCUGGUCAUACAUCGCCUACUGCUUGGAGGUGUGCUUGCAUGUGCUGUCCCACUGGUCCUGCACCAAGCUGGCCGCCCCGAAGGCGCCCGAAGUGCUGGACCCGGGCGCGGCGCCGGUGCGGCUGGCCUCUGCAGGUGUGGUGGAUGUCUUAGCUGAGCUGAUUGACGCGCCUGCCGCUGGCGUGGAGCUGCGGGGGCAGCCUCCUACGGCCUUGGUGCAGAAGGCUUGCGAGACGCUCCAAGCGCUGUUCGAGCGCAACGGGCACAUUUGCCUCUUCUGCAUGAAGCACUAUGCGGAGGUGAAGCAGAUCCUUCUCGUGGGUUGCGACAGUAUUGUGGCAGAUCCUCUGAGUAAUCAUCCCGAGAUGCAGCAGGAGGCCAUCGACCUGUUCACCAGCGCCUUCGAGAAGUUUGCAAUGAAGGAUGAGCGGCUGAGCCGGAAACUGCUGAAGGCCUUGACGGUCCUCUUCGAGUCCUCCUACCAGCUGGUUGUCUGGUUUCUGCAGCAGCACCCGCUCAGGGCCCUGGCAGAGCUCCAGAGCCUUGACGCCCACAUCGAGGCCGUGCGCGCCGUGGCCAGGGCCGGCUACUGGAGCGCAGAGGAUGCGCCCCUGUUGCCGGACUGCGUCGCUGCGCUGACUGGCACCAUGCUGGACGCGGUGGAGGGGCACUUGGACUUCUCGAAGCCGCCCAGCGGCUCCGGGCGCAGGGUCGUCGACUUGACCGAGGCGGAAGAGAUUGCCGCGAGCUGCACAGCCUCGGUGCUGCAUUUGAUGCUGAUCGACCCUUCGCCCCCCACGGUUCAGCAGUGCCUGGCUCGAAGCCUCGGCAAGCGGCCCAGAGAUGGCGAUGACCUGCCGCCGCUGGAAGAGGCGGAUGGAUCGAUCUCCUCUGAAGAAGCCGUGAAUACCUUGAUGAAGAUCAUGCAGGUGUUUCCCUCGUCGGAUCGGCUCCAGAUGAACUGCCAGCAUAUUCUCACGUCACUCCUUGGGGAGUGA